GGCUCGUCACGGGCGCGCUGGUACUUGCUCAGAUGGUGCCGGUUGGAUUCUUGUGUCUAGCGUUUUGUUUUGUUUGGUUUCGUGUCCAUCCUGAUUAAGGAAUCUGCUGUUUGUUUACUGGCUGGCUCUCCAUCUCCAUCACCGACCGAAUCCCUAGUGUAGAGCUUCCUCUGUCAGAAUACGCGCACAAGUCAGGGGGCAAUCUGCAAACCAGACAUCCGAUGCUGCGUGAGUGGACGAGAGGGCUCCGGCUCACAUCUGCUGCGCCCGCCGCAGCAAGACGCGCCGGAGGAGGCCAAGCAAGCAGCUCUAGUCUUCGUCGCGUGGUUCCACCCACCCCCACACGCAUCACCCACCGCGCGCCGCCUCGUGCGUGCCUCUCAAUUCCGUCUCGUUCUGCAGCGGCUCUCGCCGGUGGCCUGCAGCAGCAGCAGCCAUGAUGAUGGCGUGUGCCCUCGCCGUCGCCCAGCCAGCAGCAUCUCUCGCGCCGCCAUCCGGCAAGAGGACCCUCUCCGGCGGCCGCCCCCCGCGGCUGCCACCUCCCAGGCUUUCAGGUAAACUUGCCUUGGCCACACCGUGCUGCGCGCGUGGUGCAGGCAAGCUAAUAAGGAGCCGCGCUGUCGUUGCCAAGGCUGCGCAGGACGGGUCGGAAUCGUCCGGGACCGGGAGCAUAGUGAAAUACGUCACGAGCUCUUUCAGCACCGCGGAAGACAUUUUCGCCCUAGCUGGUAUAGGCUUUGCCGCAGUAGCUGCAUUAUGGGCUUCGGUCAACCUCAUUGAGAUCAUCGACAAGCUCCCGGUCCUUCCUCUUCUCUUUGAACUAGUCGGGAUAUUGGUUGCAUGGCUUUUCAUCUACAACAAUCUCCUCUUCAAGCCAAAAAGGAAAGAAUUUCUAGAGAACAUCAAAAGCUCAGGAUCUCGAAUCCUGGGGCAGUAACCUUUGUAGGCGACAGUUGACAGCAACCACUCUGUCAUGGGUUCUCUGCAAGCAUGCCGAAUGUAAUUAUGCAAUGUAACUGUAUGCGAGCUAUGGGUGUUAACAUUUUUUAUUGUAUAAGCAUCACCAAUUUUCUGUACAGGUUAGUGUGAUUAAAAUCGUUCUCCUAGUACCAGGACUUGGACUUGUACGAGCCUAAUAAGAACAUACGCCCGAAUCCUUCCUGAA